CUUUGCUGCAUCCAACGAGCACUGCACAGAACAUCCACUUUCCAUUAAGUUGAUGGCGCUUACUUCAAUCUCCUUCCCUUAAUGCGCUCCCUCUUGGCGUCGUGUAAUUGACCGUGCAGACUCCAUCAGAACUACGCUGUCCUUUUAGGCAUCAAUAUUUUGUGCCUUUGUUAUUGAGAAAACAUGUCCGAUCAUCUCCAGAAUAGUCUAUAAUCACUCAGUUUCUCACUCUUCUUGAAACUGUCGUCGUUUUCGAUAACUCUAUCCGUCAGCAUUCAUCAUGGCUAUCUUCAAAAAAGGAAAACCGCCGCCUGCUUCGGCCUCUGUCGCAACAGAUGUUGUUGAACAAAACAUCCAGGUCGUCGAAGCAACGACAAGUACCAAAGAUGAUGUUUCUAGUUCCUCAGAGAAGAAUGAGAAGAUCGAGGGGAAGGAUAAAAAAGAGAAAAAGCCUCAGGCUAGUUUGGGGAACUACUUUCGAGUUCUCUCAUAUGGGACGCCGCUGGAUUGGGCUCUCAUGGUGGCGAGCAUGCUCACAUCUAUCGGGGCUGGCAUUGCCAUGCCGUUAAUGAACGUUGUCUUUGGAAAUCUCGUCGGAGACUUCACGGGAUACUUCAUCCCCGGAUCUAGCGUCACGAAACAUCAGUUCCAGAGCGCUGUCAACAAGAACGCGCUCUACAUCACUUAUUUGUUCAUUGGGAAAUUCGCACUUUCAUACAUCUCUAUGCUUUGCGUACGACUUAGUGGACUCAGAAUCUCGGCUGCCCUUCGAUUAGCCUACCUCCGUGCCCUCUUCCACCAGCCUGUCAGCGUCAUUGACACCAUAUCUCCAGGAAAAGUCUCGACUCGCAUCACAACAUCAUCGAACACGAUUCAAUUGGCAAUCUCACAACACUUUGCCAUGGCGAUUCAGGCAUUAGCCUUCACUUUGGGUCUCUACAUUGUGGCAUUCGUCAAGAACUGGCUGCUCACAUUUGUAGCCAGCAUUUCGCUUCCGUUCAUUCUCAUUGUGUACGGUUCCCUUGUCCCUCCUUUCAUCACCAUACACAAGAUUACCGAAAACUACCAUGAAGAGGCAUCAGCAUUGGCAUUUGAGAUGUUCUCGUCUAUCCGGAUUAUCGUUGCUUUCGGCGCCGAGGCUAAGCUCGCAAGACAGCACGCGGCGCUGUUAGAUAAAGCGGCAAAGAAUGGGAGGAGGACUGCUCCCUUGAUGGGUUUGAUGAUGUCUCCCUCAAUGAUGGCGAUGUAUGGAACAUUUGGCCUCACUUUCUGGUUCGGGAUUAGGCAGUAUACUCGUGGGCACAUUCAUGAUAUUGGUGUUAUUAUUGUUGUGCUCUUCUCAGUCAUGAUGGCCGUCAUGAGUAUAGGCAGACUCGCCUCCCCCAUCAUCGCCAUCGCAAAAGCCGCGUCUGCUGCAACCGAGCUUUUCAUCACAAUCGAUGCAAAUGUCCCUGACACAUCCGGCCUCAAAGACCCGGACAUCUCCGCCGAUGCCGAUGUAUUCUUCAAAAACGUUGCGUUCUCCUACCCGAGUAGACCUAACGUACAAAUCCUCAGUGGACUUGACCUUCGGUUUAGCGCUGGGAAAGUUACCGCUAUUGUUGGGCCAUCGGGGUCUGGCAAAAGUACGGUUGUGGCUCUUUUACAGCGUUGGUAUGACUUGUUGGGUACUAUUGCUGUGGAACCAACGACGGAUAAAAUGGAGGAUACUACUAGCAAGAAGGAAGUGUCGAAGAAGAAGAAAGUUUCCACUAAACCCGGCCAAAAAGAUGAUGAGGAAGAACUGUCCCCGAAUACUUGCACUGGGGCUAUUGAGAUCGGGGACAAUGACCUUCGCAGCGUCGAUCUCAAGUGGUGGCGGUCCCAAAUCGGACUUGUUCAGCAGGAACCAUUCCUCUUCAACGAUACUCUCUUCAACAACGUAGCACAUGGCCUCUGCGGAACGCAGUUUCAAGACAUCACCAACGAAGAAAAGAUGCAGAUGGUAGAGGAUGCAUGUAAAGAAGCGUACGCGGACGAGUUCAUCGCCCAACUCCCACAAGGCUACAACACGCUCGUUGGCGAGAGUGGAAUCAAGCUCUCUGGUGGUCAGCGGCAACGAAUAGCCAUCGCUCGAAGUAUCAUUAAGAAGCCGCGUAUUCUUAUCCUGGACGAAGCUACAAGCGCGAUUGAUGUUCGAACUGAACGAAUCGUACAAGAGGCUCUCGACCGUGUCUCGAAGAACAGGACAACUAUCGUCAUCGCCCACCGUCUUUCGACUAUCAAGCGAGCGGAUAAGAUUGUGGUAUUGAGACACGGUAAACUUGUGGAAGAAGGCAGUCACGAGGAGCUUCUCGAGGACGAAAACGGCGUCUACUACGGUCUAGUCCACGCACAAGAGCUUGCAAUGGAAGCCGAGGAAGAAGAGGAAGAAGAAGUCGCACUUCAGAAGACAAAGACGGCUAUUACGGAGCACUCUGAACCCGGGCACGGGAAGGGCAAAAAAGCCACGUCGAUGGAGGAUCCCACUUACAAGGAGCAAGGCCUCUUGAUGAGUUUUGGACGGCUCAUCUUUGAGCAACGACACCACUGGCUCCUAUACAUUAUUGCGGUUCUCGGGGUUUUUGGUGCAGGAGCUGUAUAUCCCCUCCAGGCGUUCAUCUUCGCAAACAUUGUCGAAGUCUUCACCUUCACCGGCCAGAAAUUCGUUGACCGAGGGAACUUCUGGUCCGGAAUGUUUGGCGUCGAAGCCGCUGGAGUCGGAGUAUCCUACUUUGUAUUGGGCUUCUCAUCCCAUCUAAUCUCGGUCGCUAUCACUCGCACCUAUCGACAGGAAUACCUCAUCAACAUGAUGCGUAAGCGUAUCCCAUUCUUCGACGACGAAGGCCACUCUGCCGGAUCUCUCACCUCUAGACUCAGCGCCGACACAGAGCAACUUCAGCAGCUUAUGAGCACCGAGAUGUCGCUCGCGUUAAUUGCGUGUGUCAACCUCCUCGGUUCAACCAUCAUCGCCUUCGUCUACGGCUGGAAGCUCUCGCUCGUCGGACUCUUCUGCGCGCUUCCCCCUAUCCUCGCCGCAGGAUACCUGCGUUUCCGUCUGGAGAUGCAAUUCGAGCAGAUGAAUGCUGCGGUUUUCAAAGACAGCUCGCAAUUUGCCACAGAAGCAGUUGGCGCAUUCCGCACGGUUUUGUCGUUGAUUAUGGAGGAUAUGAUUGGCGAUCGUUAUCAAACUCUCCUUCGAGGCCAUGUUAAACAGGCCUUUAGCAGCGCGAAGUUUGGGACUAUCGUCUUUGCAGCUAGUGACAGUGUUGAACUAGCUUGUACAGCUUUAGCUUUCUGGUACGGUGGCACUCUCCUCGCAUCCCACGAAUAUGGGCUUCAGGACUUUUUCGUCAUCUACAUGGCCGUCGUGCAAGGUGCUGUCGCAGCGGGAAUGUGGUUCUCGUUUGCACCCAACAUGGCCCAAGCCACCGGCGCUGCAAAUCGCAUUCUAAGUAUGCGCACCCCCUCCACCACCCUCCCUCCCUCCUACAACCCCAUCAACGACCCCACCUCCGCCGUUAGCAUCUCCUUCCAAAACGUCUACUUUUCCUACAAAUCGCGCGAAGUCCCCGUCCUCUCUAACCUUAACCUUCACAUCCCUGCCGGCAAGUUCGCCGCACUAGUCGGAGCCUCCGGGUGCGGGAAAUCCACCACCAUAUCCCUCCUCGAGCGCUUCUAUGAUGUUGAUUCCGGCAUGAUAUUGUAUAACGGGCAGGAUAUCACGAGUUUGGAUCCAAAGGAAUAUCGUGCGCAGAUCGCGCUUGUGAGUCAGGAGCCUACGUUGUAUGAAGGGAGUAUAAGGGAUAAUGUGAGUUUGUCGGUGGAUGAAGGGAAAGUGACAGAUGAGGAUAUUGAAUGCGCCUGCAUUAAUGCGCAGAUCCAUGAGUUUAUAACGAGUCUUCCAGAAGGGUAUAACACGCGUCUAGGACCAAAGGGUAUGAGUCUUUCUGGCGGCCAGAAACAGCGUCUUUCUCUUGCACGCGCGCUACUGAGGAAACCUCGGCUUUUGUUGUUAGAUGAAGCAACAAGUAGCCUUGACUCUGAGAGCGAAAAGUUGGUGCAGAAGGCAAUUGAACGGGCCGCGGAAGGGAGGGAUGGUAAUGGAGAUGGAGAUGGGCAGGGGAGAACCGUGAUUGCUGUCGCGCAUCGCCUUGCGACGAUUCAGAAGGCGGAUGUGAUUUUUGUGUUGGGGAGUGGGAAGGUGCUUGAGGAGGGGGAUCAUCAGACGCUUUUGAGGAAGAGGGGCGUUUAUUGGCAGAUGUGUCAAGCUCAAGCUCUGGAUCGCUGAUCACUGAUCGGCACAUUGGAGCAUCCCAUAGACGUUUGGAGGUAGCAAAGUCGAGCUACUCCGAACCAGAACCCAUCCGAACUUCAUCAUCUCCUUUUCAACUAAACUCUCACCUUCUUCAGAUCUGCGUAUUUCGGCUUGUUCCCCAUCUAUGUAAUAUCCUCUCCGACUUUCUUCUAGUAAAGAAAAUGGAUCCGUUUUACAACUAUGUACUCUAUAUCUUCCCUUGCAAUCCUCUCUAAUCUUUCGUUUCACUCUCUCUAUCUAGGACACGUUUCUAGUAAAUAGAUAAAUAUACGAGCGUAGAUACCCUUGGUACUAGAUAUCCCCUCG